UUUGAGGGGCCCACAGACACGGGUUUCCACCGCGGGGGCACCUGGUGGUCCCUCCAGGGUGUGCAAGGUUCCAAUUUCUGCCUCUGCUCUUGCAGUCCUCGUGCCGGGCCAGCAAGAACACGGUGAGAGGCUAUUUCCUGGCAGGCCGGGACAUGACCUGGUGGCCGAUUGGAGCCUCUCUCUUCGCCAGCAGCGAGGGCUCGGGCCUCUUUAUCGGACUGGCGGGCUCGGGGGCGGCCGGAGGCCUGGCCGUGGCCGGCUUCGAGUGGAAUGCCACGUAUGUGCUGCUGGCCCUGGCCUGGGUGUUCGUGCCCAUCUACAUCUCCUCGGAGAUCGUCACCAUGCCUGAAUACAUUCAGAAGCGCUACGGAGGCCAGCGGAUUCGCACGUACCUGUCUGUCCUGUCCCUGAUGCUGUCUGUCUUCACCAAGAUAUCGAUCGACCUGUACGCGGGCGCACUCUUCGUGCACAUUUGCCUCGGCUGGAACUUUUACCUCUCCACGAUCCUCAUGCUUGCCAUCACGGCCCUGUACACCAUCGCAGGGGGCCUGGCUGCUGUGAUCUACACGGACGCCCUGCAAACGCUCAUCAUGGUGGUGGGGGCCGUCAUCCUGACCGUCAAAGCUUUUGACCAGAUCGGCGGGUACGAGCAGCUGGCGGCGGCCUAUGCCCAGGCCAUCCCAUCCCGGACCAUCGCCAACACGACCUGCCACGUGCCGCGGGCAGACGCGAUGCACAUGUUCCGAGACCCCUACACAGGGGACCUCCCGUGGACCGGGAUGACCUUUGGUCUGACCAUCAUGGCCACCUGGUACUGGUGCACUGACCAGGUCAUCGUGCAGCGGUCGCUGUCCGCCCGGGACCUGAACCACGCCAAGGCGGGCUCCAUCCUGGCCAGCUACCUCAAGAUGCUGCCCAUGGGCCUCAUCAUUAUGCCAGGCAUGAUCAGCCGUGCGCUGUUCCCAGAAGAGGAGGCCACCGAGGGCCGCCGGGGGCCGGGGCCAUGGCCAGAGCUGCCUGAGAGGCUGUCCUGGUCACUGAGGGUCACAUAG